AUGUGGCAAGCAGCUGGAGGAAAGGGGAUCUCCGAUCUGGCCCGAAUAAAACAAACUAAAUAUUUGUCUCUGGAAUGGGGAUUGCUUCAGCAGGGCAGAUACAACCCCCUCCACGAAGCCGAUUCAAGCAUUACCCUCCCACAUCGUCAAAAGCACCCGCUUGCUCUAGGUUCCAGGCACCGAACCUUUAGCAUUCAACCACAGCACCUCCCCUACUAG